ACAUCACCACCUCAACCCAUGACUAAACACACCGAAAUUGCAGAGAAGAUCGUGGCACUUCUCAAGACCCUUCCUAAGGACCGGAUCAGCCACUAUGCCUCCUUCAAGGAGGUGCAACUUGCCCGUUUCCAGAACAAGGAGCACUUGGCUGCCAUCUCAGAACAAGACUUGAUGUUGCAAUACAUCUCGUUGAGAGAUUUGGUCAACGACAAGUACAAGAACUACUACAAGUUGGACGACAAGUUGUUGAAGCCAAAGGGUAACCCUGAGUACUACAACCGUCUUUUGGGACAACUCAAGGGCGAGAAAAAGGAAUCCUUCUGGACUGCUGUCAGAACCGUUGCUUUUGGUAAGUAAACGGCCUUGCGAAAAGCCUGAAGAUAUGAAUUUUUGUUCAGGCUCGGGGACGGAUUUUAACGAUAACUUGAGACUGUGGGAGAACCUGGCAUUUUCAGUCAUAUGAAAAACUACUUGUAAAUAUUGCCCCCACAAAAGGAAACAUCGCAGCCAUGGCAGGCGAAGCUGUGCUCUCGACCUGGGCAUUGGUGCUUUCUGAUGUAUACUAUUUAUUUAAUAAUACGAUUCUUAGUGAAGCUACGAACACCUCGAAUAGGACCAAACGUAUUUAUUAAAAAGCUGCUUGUUGGCUUGAUUGGCCCUACCUCCUAAAUUACCCACUGCUGUCUGUUUUCAAUAGCACUACCACGAUCUCGUGUGUCUCAUAAUUAUCAAUUUUAAUCUUUUUAUACUAUUAUUGUCCUCCAUGAGCACUCGUGGUCAAAAUACUUCACGACGUGCAUGCGCUUCGAC